CACACGUGUGUAUGUAAGCGAGACUGAUCCAAGCGUUGGACCGUUUAAAACCCUCCAAAACCCCUCUUAUAGGACCCGUUCAGACCCGGUCCGCUGUCCACCGCCAUGCUGGAGCAACUCGGUCUGAUUGGCACGAUCCGGGACGAGGACCAGAGCCCCGAGGAGCCGGACACCGAGUCCGAACCGGAGGACCAGCCCAUCAUCCUGAACAGGAAGAAGAAGUUUGGGAAGCAACACCGCGGAGCGCAAGACUUUAAUGCUGACUUUGAGUUUGGAGAGAGAGAUGGAGUGAAGGAUGACGAUGACUGGGCUCUGGCUGACGUCAUGAAACAGCUGAAGAAGAAGAGGACUCUGACCACUCUGGACCAGAAAAUAGAGAAAAUCAGGAAGAAGAGGAAAGCGGAGGAAAAAUCUGCUCCUGAAAAGAACCAGGAUGAAGAUGAAGGGGAGGAGGAGAAGGACGAGGGGGAGGGGGAGGAGGAGGGUGAACAGGAAGAUGUGAAGCCUGAGACUGCAGAAGCUAAAGAAGAUGAUGGAAUUGAGGAAGAGGAUGAAGAUGACGACGAGGCAGAAUUUGACUCAGGAGAUGAGGAGAUACUAACCAAGUCAGACACCCUGAGAGACAAAGAACGCCGUGGGAAGAAGAGGAAGGCAGGAGACGAGGCUCCGGAGGAGUUUUAUGAAGAUGCGUCUCAGUUUGACGACAAACUGACCUUUGAGGACAUGAACCUGUCCAGACCCAUCCUGAAGGCCAUCACAGCUCUGGGCUUCAAACAGCCAACUCCAAUCCAGAAGGCCUGUGUUCCGGUCGGUCUACUGGGGCGAGACCUCUGCGCUUGCGCUGCUACUGGGACAGGAAAAACGGCAGCUUUCAUGUUGCCAGUGUUGGAGCGUUUGGUUUAUAAGCCCAGGACGUCCCAGGUGACCCGGGUGUUGGUUCUGGUUCCAACUAGGGAGCUUGGAAUCCAGGUUCAUUCUGUGGCCCGGCAACUGGCCCAGUUCACCUCCAUCACCACAUGCCUGGCUGUCGGUGGACUGGACCUGAAGGCUCAGGAGGCGGCGCUGAGGGCAGGUCCAGACGUUCUGAUCGCGACACCAGGUCGUCUGAUUGAUCAUCUUCACAACACACCGAGCUUUGAGCUGACGCACAUAGAGAUCCUGAUCUUGGACGAGGCCGACAGGAUGUUGGACGAGUACUUCGAGGAGCAAAUGAAGGAGGUCAUCAGACUGUGUUCCUACAACAGACAGACUAUGCUGUUUUCCGCCACCAUGACUGAGGAGGUGAAGGACCUGGCAGCGGUUUCACUAAAACAGCCAAUCAGGAUCUUUGUAAAUAGCAAUACAGACGUGGCUCCAUUUUUACGGCAAGAAUUCGUCCGAAUCCGACCGAACAGAGAGGGUGACAGAGAGGCUGUGGUGGCUGCCCUGCUGACUCGUACUUUUCAGGACCACGUCAUGCUGUUCACUCAGACCAGGAAACAGGCUCAUCGGCUGCACAUCCUACUGGGACUGAUGGGCCUGAAGGUCGGAGAACUCCAUGGAGAACUGAGCCAGAACCAGAGACUGGAGAACCUCAGACGGUUCAAAGACGAGCAGAUCGACGUGUUGGUGGCGACUGAUGUUGCGGCUCGAGGUCUGGACAUCGACGGCGUGAAAACGGUGAUAAACUUCACGAUGCCGUCGACAGUCAAACAUUACGUCCAUCGUGUGGGUCGAACGGCUCGCGCCGGUCGUUCUGGACGGUCAGUGUCGCUGGUUGGAGAGACGGAGAGGAAGACGCUGAAGGAGGUGGUGAAGUCAGCCAAGAACAGCGUCAAGGCCCGAGUCCUGCCACCUGAGGUCAUCCUGAAGUUCAGAGAUCUGAUCUCCAAACUAGAGAAAGAUGUGGACGCUGUGAUGAAACUGGAGAGAGAAGAAAGAGAACUGGCAGCAUCUGAGGCCAAGUUGAGUGUCGCCCAGAAGCGUCUAGAGGGUUCUACCAGUGAAUCUCAGAGAACCUGGUUCCAGACCCAGCAGGAACGAAAACAGAGUCGCAUGUCAAAGGCUCUGCAGGAGUUCGACCUUGCUCUGCGAGGGACGAAGAAAAGACAAAAGUUCCUGAAGGACGGAAAGAAGAAGGAGAUGACGGCUGAGGAGCGCGCUCAGUUUGAGAUCCUCAAGGCUCAGAUGUUCGCCGAGCGAGCAGCGAAGAGGGAUCGACGACAGAAGAGGGCGAGAGCAAUGCCAGAAGAGGAGGCGCCGUCUAAAGCAGCCAAUCAGAAAAAAGGAAAAGGUGGCAGGAAAUCUGUGUUCGACAAAGAGCUGACGAAUACGAGCAGCAAAUCUCUGAAACAGUACAGAGCUGGACCAUCCUUCGCAGACAGGAAGCGUCUCGGUUUGGACAGGAAGCGUUCAGGUGGAUCCAGGUUCAAGAGGAAGUGACAUCACAGCCUGUGUCAUCCAUGUUUCCUCCUCCACAUGUUCUAUUUGUGUUCACUGUUUAAAUGCUUAACUUUUGUUUUCUUUGUUAAAAUAAAAUCGAAUAAACCUACAA